CAUCUCUCUCGGAACACAUCUCUUGGAAUAAGAAAUUAAACUGAAAUUAAAUUUUCUGUUGGCAGCCACUUUUUGCUAGCUGAGGGCAACAAGUUGCAGGAGCCACAAGAUGUGCGACAAGCCGUUCAAUCCCUUCUAUAUCGGUCCGUAUCCCGAUCGGGCGUGCGCUCUGCCAGAAGUUCCACCACAGCGUUGCUCUCCGGCCUGCCAUUUGAAAAAGGAUGCACAAGCACACAAAAGCACUAUGAACGUUCUCAGCAGUACCAAAAUGCAAAUCGGACCAGACGGAAGACCUAAGGCAUCGGGCUCCACCCACACCCGGCAAUCCCAACGACAGCGGCCAGGGCACCUCUCAGGACAAGGCCAGCGGUCAGGACAGGGGCUGCGGACAGGACAGCGACAGGAGCACCCACAGGGAAUGCAAAUAACCGAGCCGAGCUUUCAACCACGCUGCCGUGAGAUCCCAGGCACCGAGGCCCGUUGGAACAGUCAUGAUAAUCCCUGGUGAUGUGUGCUAAUGGCAGCGCAAAAUGGUGGCCUGCCAUCAAUCAGAAAGUGCAGCCAAAUUUCGGUAACAAUAUAUUUUUAAAAUAAUCCCAAAAAUAGCCACAAUAGACACAGCAACAGGCCAUUAUUUGUACACAUACUUCCUACUAGACACUAGACAAUAGAACCAAACCAAAAUAAAAGAGAGUGCAGCCCAA